AUGGGGGGCCGUGCCCUUUCGCCCGGAGGCGCUUUGUUGAGAACCUCGCGACUCUUCUCAGUGCCGAAACCCCUUCCGGAGCCGCCGUCGACUAACCUUCACAUUGGCGACCACAAGUCAUCCACCAUGACGAGGCAGUAUCCUCGGCACCAGUCAAUCACAUCCCCGAUAUCGUCGAGAGAGAAGGGAGACUGGGGCUACAAGCGCCCGUUCCCCCUGAAAUCCACCAUGGCCACCUCCACCCCCUUUAUUCGGAUCAAGCAGGUCGACUCGAUCGAAAACGUCACCGAUUUUGCGUCCGCGGCCGACCACUCCCUGUCGCUGGAGAAGUUUCAAGAGUUGCGCGUCGCCAUGUCCAUUCCGAGAAGCAAAGAACUCAGGCUGUUUAGCGCCUCUUCCAAACGGACCGACUUGUGGCCAGUGUCCGUCUUCGAGGAGGACAGGGACUUUACGGAUCCCAGGGGCGGCAAAGAGGACGACGACAAGAGGUGGAAGUUUAGAGGUCCUUGGCUAGCCAGACUCAGCGAGGGCGACUUCAACCAGUAUCUGCGAAAGGCGGUGCAUCCGAAACGCGCGCAGUUUCGCGCCCUUCUCAAGUCAAAGCUGGCCGAGGACAUGACGGUGCGGCGGAACAAGAAUGCCAUGGAGAAUGGCCUGCCGGCGCUGCCGAAAAUCAUGCCGCGCGACAUCACAGAGGAGCAGUUUACCCAGUAUCUGCGGAGCUUGCGCAACGAUCGCGCCACCUUGUACGCCCUGGUUUCCGAGUUCCUCGACCUGGCGCCGCUCGGUGCCCCUGUCGGCGUGAAGGAAGCCCUGAGCAACUACAUGUACCUGGAAAUCACCAGCCCUUACGGCGAAUCGGGCCCGCCAUCUAGCCAUCCGUCUGCGGGCAUCAGCUAUUUGCGAACCGUGUCCUUCAUGGAGAACCACCCCGUCUACGGCCCCCAGGCACGUCGAACGCCGGUUCUUGCCCGGGUGGUGCUUCCCAAAAUCGGCUACAAUAGAGCCAAGCUUGGCGUCGGAGGCUUCGUUGCCGACGUUCCAGCCGGGCAAAACGAGUUCAACGUGAACUAUAAACCCGGCAGAUUCCAGAGCAGUCGCAAAGUCCUCAAUGGCAUAAGUCACCUUGACACGACAACCUUUGGCGGCGCAAAAGCCUUUGUCGAAACGCGAACCGCUCAUGUUGACCCCAGCGGGAAGAUUAUUCUGGAACUUCGGGAGGCUAGCUCAGAGGGCCAAGUCAUUGUCAGGGAAGCCAAGGGCCUUGUGGACAUCUACGACCCGGAGAAACGCCAGAGCCACAGUGACGGGUAG